ACAGAACAAAGAAACAUAAUGGACACCAUCAAGCAGACCAUUGCCGAAAACUUCGGCGGACCCUCUCACGACCUUGCCGGGGAAAAGUUCGAUUUAGACGAUGUGCCCGACCUGAGUGGUAAGGUCGCCGUGGUUACGGGGGGUAGCGAAGGAAUCGGCUUCGGAGUAACCCACACUCUCCUCUCCAAGAACAUUUCAAAGCUCUUCGUGACCUCCCUCCGAAAAGAGGUAGCCGACGACGCCAUCUCCGCCAUCGAAUCCGAGUUCGGACCCGACACUCGCAAACGAUUUAUCUGGAUCCAAUGCGACCUGUCAGACUGGGAAAAGACGGCCAAUGUGGCAGGCGAGAUCGCCGGGCAGACCGACCGGAUCGACAUUCUCAUCAAUAACGCCGCUCGGGGUAUCAUGUCGCGGCAGCUGGCACCCACCAACGGGAUCGACCUGCACAUGGCGCUCAAUCACAUGGGUCACGUCGUUCUGACCUCGCACCUACUGCCGACGCUCAAAAAGACGGCUGACGCCGGUAACACCGUGCGCAUCGUCAACCUCGCCUCCAACGUGGAAGCCAACGCGCCCAAAGACACCGAGUUCGCAUCCGUGGAGGAGCUGAACCGUGACUAUGGCCCCAAUGCGCUGUACGGUCGGUCCAAGCUGGCUGUGCUCUUGCAUGCCAAGUGGCUGGAUGCCCAUCUCAAACCCACCCAUCCUAAUAUCAUUGUCAAUGCUACCCAUCCGGGGGUUGUGGAUACCGCCCAGACGAACGAUCAUAUACAUGAGGCGUACCCGCUGCUCGGAUACGGUAUGUCCGCUGCCUUGAAGCCCUUCCGGAAGAACCAAUUCCAAGGAGCCGUGUCCACCAUGUAUGCGGCUACGAUGGCCACUGAGGGCGGACAGUUCAUCACUCCGCCGCGGAUCGUGGAGAAGGGUAGUGACAAGGCUAAUGAUAUGCAACUGGCUGACCGAUUGAUGAAGUUGACGGCGGAGGUGGUGGAGAAGAAGACACGCCAGGAGAGUAGUGCCAAGGGUUGUCCUUUCAAGGAAGACUAGGUUUAGAUCGUUGUCAUGUUUCCUCUCAAUUCUGUGACGUCUCUCUUAUGUUGUGCAAGUAUCAUCUGGUAGCAGAUGCGUGGUGUGUCGUGGAUGCCUGAG